AUGGCACAAGUUAAGGAAGCAUCUUUACAAAUAUUUUCAGAUUUAGAAUUUAUGCAAACUGUUAAAAUGACUCAAAAAGAUAGCAAUGAACUUUUACAAUAUUUAGAAAAUUUUUUACCUUCAAAUUAUAAUUAUUUGAUUCAAGAAUUUUCUGAAAUACCUAAUAUUGAAAUUGAUGAAGGUUUUAUUUCAAAAAAUAAAUCCUUUUAUGCAUCGCUGCAUUCAAAAACUAUCCAUUUUAAUGAUGAUCAAGAAACAAUUUCAAAUAAUAGGCCUGUUAAUGAUACGGUAGCAGUAGAAUAUUCAAAUACAAUUAAGAGUAUUGAUGAUCAAGAAACCUGUUCAAAUACAAGUACUGAGCUUGUUAAUAAUACAGCGGAUAUUAUAAAUAAUGAUAAUAACUUUAUGAAUAUUAGUAGUAACAAUAAUUUAGAAACUGAGGACGUUAUUGAAAAAUUUCUAAAAGAAGCUAAUGAAGAUAUGAUGGCAAAUUCGCAAAUUAAGACUGCAUUAGAGACUUUUAUUCGAAAUUACAGGAAAGCACGCAAUAUAUCAACAGGCAAACUACUUAACUAUCUAUAUCAAACAAAACAAUUGACAAAAGGCAGAAAAAGAGCAUUUUCAGGACGACAACCACUAAACGAACUCGAAAAUUCAGAUCCUCAAGAAAUUCAAGCUCGUAAAAAGAGAAAAACUGUUAAAAAACCGCAUAACUUAUCAC